AGUGAGACGGGCCCCGGCAGCGGCAGGUGAAGUGUUGUCGGUGUUUCUCCUGGUUUACACCGCAGCAGAUGGCAGCCGGUGGAUCAGCGGUCAACAGUCAGUUAAGCUCAUUUAAAUCCCCCCGCUGGACACGGCGGGGCCACUCACCUCCACUCGCUGCCGCUAAACCUGCUAAGACCAGUGGCUGCCUGAGGCUCUGCGGCGGUUUUGGGACGCACCCCGCGGGGCUUUGCCACUUCGCUUGAUUGGGGUUUAUUUUUGCAGCGGAUAAAGCCCGUAAUGUGGCUGUAAUCGGGGCAACAUCGCUGUGUGCCAGUUUCGCUCAGCUGACUUCUUUUCAACCGUGGUCCAGGACAGGCGUCACGUUUACCGGACGGACAGCGGGGCAUGCUGGGAGCUCAGGAGCAGCAUUUCGUCUUUGUGGGCUGAGGUGCACAGUCGGACCCGAGGCAAGAAGUCCACGCCUGGCAACCCAUACGUCAGGAAUAGUCUUCUGUUUACUACUUUGACAAAGCAGAGGAGCCUACACAGCACACAAACAUAGGAGGCUGAGAAGCUACUUGGCCCAGAGGAAGUGAAGGACUACAAAUUCUCACUUUGAUAUACCUUUGAAACACCACCAGCAACCUCAGCAAUGGGUAACUCAAAGAGCGGUGCUGUGUCCAAGGAGAUCCUGGAGGACCUGAAGCUCAACACCAAAUUCACAGAGAUGGAGAUCGUCCAGUGGUACGAGAACUUCAAGAGGCAGUGUCCGACAGGCCGCAUCAGCAAAGAGGAGUUCCAGUCCAUUUACAGCAAGUUCUUCCCGGAAAGCGAUGCCAACACGUACGCCCAGCACGUUUUCCGCUCCUUCGACACCAACGAAGACGGCACACUGGACUUCAAGGAGUACAUCAUCGCCCUCCACAUGACAUCUACAGGGAAGACCACCAGCAAACUGGAAUGGGCCUUCUCACUGUUCGAUGUGGACAAGAAUGGAUACAUCACCAAGUCAGAGGUCAAGGAAAUCUGCACGGCAAUUUUCAAGCUGAUUCCCAAAGACGAACAGGCUGACCUACCUGACGAUGAAAACACAGCUGAGAAGAGGGCAGACAAACUCUGGCAGUUCUUUGAGAAAGGAGAAAAUGACCGAGUGGCAGAGGGGGAGUUUAUCAAGGGAGUGAUGGACAAUGACGGUGCCCUGCGUCUCAUUCAGUACGAGCCUGGGAAGUAAACUUUUCAUCCAACAAAACCAUCGUAUCACCUUCCAGUCAUGUUUUCUUUUUUUCCACUCUAGCCUCCACUGUGAUAAGGCAAUGAUACCCGACAGCACCUUUGUAAACAUAGGCACUAUGAUAAAAAAAAAAAUCUCCUCAAGGGUGUUAGGACUUUUGUUACCGAUGUCUGUGUUGUCUGAAAAGUUUUCUUUUAUUUAGGAUACAUAUACAUAUACAUAAAAUAAAUGUAAAGGUGAAACACAAGAGAGGAAGGAUGAUAGCUCCUGUUACCCGCCGUUAGAAAAGCAACCACUUCCACAUUUUGCUGCAUCACCGCUGUGUGUGUUUUUAUUUUUGUGCUGUGUUUUGGCUCACCUUUCACCCACCGAAAACACCUCAAAAUAUGUUUUUUAAUCGAAUCAUGCACCUGGUAUUAGGUAUCCAUUUUAUGGACAAAACAAUACUCCAUAACUUCUGUGGAAAAAAUGAACAUACUCCCAAAAUAUGCAUAUAAUUUCAUACAGACGAGACAAAUAUUUCUGGCACAAAUUGAAUAGUAAAGUUAGAAUAUUUAUGGCACAUUUGUGAGGAGAAAGUGGAUUAUAAGAGUACAUUCUAGCAACCAGCAUGGAUGUUUUUAUACAGGGUACACAGGAUAGCAAAAUCAAUAUAUCAUCACCAUAAAAUGUUCUCUGGGUAUUUUAGUCUCCCAUUUUUUCAACUGGAAACCCACAGCGGAUAAAGAUGCAGUCAGUGUAAUUCCAGCAGGUACAGAGGGUUCAGUUGCAUCCAGACUGUUUUAAUCUGUUAAUUCUGUUUCAUUUAAAAAUAUACUUUUAAAUCUGUGAUGUUUCAUUUGGACACAUUACCGUCAAAGGUACACUGUGUAAUGUUAUCAUUCUUUAGCACCAUCUAGUGGCUAAUGAGCGUCUGUACGCAGACUCAUGAGGCUGGGAGUUAUAAGCAAAGUGGUAUAUUAUUUAUCGUAAUUAGAGGCAAUAUUUUUUCACCACAGCACAAGUUAGCUGAACUCAAAAGGCCAGAGCUGCAGGUAGAAUCAGGUCGAGCAACGAGAACCAAACAGGGCAAUUUUUCACAAAACGAAGCAAAGUGGACUGGAAAGUUUGAAAUUUCGGCAGCCAUCAAGGUGACAUUGGAUAAAUCAACAACCCCCCUGUUGCGUAGACAUUUGCAUAUUUGAAAUAACUUAUCGCAUAUUGUAUCUUUAGGGAAUUCCGCUUUUGGAAAAACUUUUAGUCGUACUAACUUUUGCUGAUUUUUAAGUUAGCCAGCAUGUUCCUGUAAAUCAAACAACGCGCACUAUUUAUCUCAAGUUAAUUCAGCUUGCCGUUCAAAUGAUUUUAAUCAGCUGGAUCCAUUAUAUGUUGUAGAUACUGAAAUACACACACACACACACACACCCCUGUAUGACAGCGCUCUGGAAACGAACCCCUUGGUUUUGGUAGUUAUAUGGUGAGUGGCGGCAAAAACCUGAACUGUUCACAGUAAGAGUGAAAGGAUGAUGAUUCAAGGCCGUUUAAUAAUUCUGAUUUCUGUUUUGUUGUCAUUGAAAAUGGUGGGUGAGGGUCGAGCUCACACUGUACACUGGAUGGAUUAAAUGGAGUCUGUUUCGCUGUUUUUCCCCAUUCAUUUUCUAUUUGUUCUGUUGUUUUUGAUCAAAAAUUCAACUGUGAAAUAAAUCACUCAGCUCCCAAA